AUGCUUUCAUAUGAAAAGUCCGACUUAAAAAGGUACAUACGGAGGUAUCUGGACUGGGGCGAAGGACUCUAUGAGCGGCUGGUCCGCGUGGCAAAGAGAAGUGCCUACUUUAGAAAAGAGACCCCUCUGGAUGGUUUCCUGGAUGGGAUGUUCAAGAGAGUUGAGGAACUUGGAAGAGGACCUGUGUCUGAAGGUCUGUCGAGAGAGCAAGCCACUGCUGCCGCCAGAAGGCGCUAA